AUGUCAACCGGUCAACCAUCACCGCCACUACAAAAGCCGCCAGGCUACCGUGACCCAAACCUCCCAAUUCCCCGUCACGGGCCCCCGAAGCCCACAACCCUCCCGCCUUCCUUCCAACAGCACAAAUCCCACCGGCGGGCCCACUGCUGCCGGACUUUUUGCUGCACCAUAUUAAUCCUCAUCUUAAUCCUAACCCUAAUCCUCUUCACGGCCGGCGCCUUUUUCUACCUAUUUUUCCAGCCCCGUAUGCCGGAAUUCCGCCUGGAAUCUGCUGACGUGGAAAAGUUCGACGUCCGGAGGUCCCCCGGUGGGCCCACGCUCGACUCGCGGAUCACGGCCCGCGUUCGGGUAAAAAACCCUAACCAGAAACUGAAAAUGUCUUACGAAAAGAUUAGGGUUUUGGUGAAUGCGGCUAAAGGAGGGGCGGUUUUGGGGGUCGGGAGCGCGCGCGGGUUUACGCAAGAAAGGAACAAUGUGACGAGUUUGAAGGUUGACGUGAAUGCGGAGAACGGGAUUUUGGGCAAUGCUGAUGCGGACGAGUUGGAGAAGGGAUUCAAGAGCAAGAAUUUGUCGGUUAAUGUGGAGAUUUCGGGGAAGGUUGGGAUUAAGGGGGAUAAAUGGUCGGCCGGGAGUGUUGGCUUGAAGGUGGUUUGUGAAGGGGUAAGAUUAAUUAGUCGGGUCGAACGACAGAGUCCUAAGUGCCGGAUCAAGGUUUUAUGUAGGCUGAUCAACAGCACGAGCUAUUCAAAUGUGUGUAUUUAGAGUUUUUGACAUGGGGAAUAGUAUCAUAGAUAAGUUGGAUAUUAUGUACGAUGUGGUUGCUAAUGAUUUUCAGAAGUGAAAUUUAGUCCACAUUAAUUAAUUAAAUAACAG